ACACCAGGGCGCUCCCGAGUUCCUGGAGGUCAUUUCCAGGUGGCACUCACACACUUAAAACACGCACUUCAUUAGGCUGAUGUGUCAAGCUAAUCUACGAGGAAGGUAUCCAGCGAGAAGGCGGCGAUCGACGGCGACAUGGACCUGGCCGGGCUCCUUAAGGACGAGGAAGGCACCUUCUCGCUCACGGGUUUCCAGGACUUUACGUUCCUCCCAGGCCACCAGAAGCUGAGUGCCCGCCUCCGCCGGAGACUCUACUAUGGCUGGGACUGGGAAGGGGAGUGCAGCUUGGAGGAGCUCUCCAGCCCCGUGGCAGACAUCGCUGUGGAACUGCUCCAGAAGGCCGCCCCCAGCCCUAUUCGCCGGCUCCAAAAGAAAUACGUGGCUCAUGUGUCCCGGGAGGCGUGCAUCUCCCCGUGUGCCAUGAUGCUGGCGCUGGUGUACAUCGAGCGACUCCGCCACCGCAACCCAGACUACCUGCAGCACGUGUCGUCCUCGGACCUGUUCCUGAUCUCCAUGAUGGUGGCCAGCAAGUACCUCUAUGAUGAAGGGGAGGAGGAGGAGGUCUUCAACGAUGAAUGGGGCGCUGCAGGGGGUGUGUCAGUACUCACUCUCAAUGCCCUGGAGCGGGGCUUCCUCAAUGCCAUGGACUGGCGUCUCUACACUGACCCACGGGAGAUUUUUGAAGUGCUGAAUUGGCUAGAAGGCUGUGUGGCCGAGCAGCAGGGCCGGCGGCGUGGCUGGUACACCUACACGGACCUCAGCGUGCUGCUGGAGCAGCCGGCCUGGCAGCGGGCCCUGGGUGCCCUGUGCCAGCGAUUGGCAAAGCUGUCCUGCUUGUUGGCUGUGGCCUACGUGAGCAGUGUGGCUCUGGCCGUGGCGUCCGUGGCCGUGCUCCACCAAUCCUUGGGACUGUCCUGCCGCCCGCCCUCCGGCCCCCCGGACCUUGGACUGACCUCCGCGUGCCUUCUGAAGCCCGGCGCCCCCUCUCACGUGUCACAGUGCCCGCUACCUCUCGCCAACGCCUCCGGCGGCACGGACAGGCUGCACUCGCUCUGGGGCAGUAUCCUGGCCUCCCUGACGGCACCCCCUCAGCUUCCCCCGGACCCUCCUGCCACCCCCACCCUGCCCCCUAGCUGUCCCCUUUGUCAGAAGUUCCAGAGGAAGUCCCCAACCUGCCGAGCCUGCCACCCGCCCAACCACACGGCCCCCACGGGACCCCCCAGGCCCUGGGACCACACGAAGGGCCUGGCGCCCCCCUGGCCCUGGAGCCCGAUCCCCCCGCUGCUGCCCCCGCCCCAGCAGUGCUCCCCAUUCAGCCUCAUGGAGCUGGCCCGCCUCAAGUCCUUCAUCUUCCCGGGCUAAGGGGGUUGCCGAGGACUGCGCCAGGAGCGUGGGGUGGGGGGUUGUAACCUCUCUUGGUGUUGGUCCCAUCUCUGGGUCCCUGACUGCUUCCCUGUCCCCUUCCCCCACCCCGGGUGAGGACGGGGUGCUGGGCCAGUUAUGAUGGGGCACUCACUCUUCUAGACCCCACCCCCCCCCAAACCUCGGAGCUUGGCUCUUUGAGGCCGGGGUAGUGUUGGUAGUGGGAAGCUUCCGCGGGGUUCCGGGGCACCCCUCACAGGUAGCAAAAAAUGCCCCCUCUCAUCUCUGUACCUCCCUUGGGCUUGGUGGUGGUCUUCUGCUUUUAGAUUU